GGGCGGCUAGGUAACUUUGGCGCCUGCGCAGAAGCCCCGAACUCCUAAGAGGCUCUCACUGAGUCUCGGCGGCGGUGCCCUUUCGCGCGCUCCGCGUGGGUCGCUUCGCACUAGUCAGACGCCAGGGUCGGCCAUGAACCCGUGCGCUGACGCGCGGGCCGUGGCGGCCACUGUGCCGGGAGCUGGCGUCGGGAACGCGGAGCUGCGGCCGCCCAUGGUGCCCCGUCAGGCGUCCUUCUUCCCGCCACCUGUGCCCAAUCCCUUCGUGCAGCAGACGCAGCUGGGCGUGGCGAGGCGCAUCCAGAUUUUCUUCCUUGGAAUUAUCCUGCUUCCAAUUCGUGCCCUAUUGGUUGCAUUAAUUUUAUUACUGGCGUGGCCACUGGCUGCAAUUUCAACAGCAUGCUAUCCUGAAAAGCUGACCCACCCAAUAACUGGUUGGAAGAGGAAAAUUGCUCUGCCAGUCUUGAAGUUUCUAGGCCAUGUCAUGUUCUUCGCAAUGGGGUUUGUAGUUACUGUGAAAGGAAAGAUUGCAACUCCAUUGGAAGCACCAAUUUUUAUUGUUGCCCCUCACUCAACAUUCUUUGAUGGAAUUGCGUGUGUUGCAGCUGGAUUACCUUCUAUAGUAUCUCGAAAUGAGAAUGUGCAGGCGCCUCUGAUUGGCAGAAUAUUGCGGGCCUUGCAGCCAGUGUUGGUGUCCCGUGUAGAUCCAGAUUCUCGAAAAAACACAAUAAAUGAAAUAAUAAGGCGGGCUACAUCAGGAGGGGAAUGGCCCCAGAUACUAGUUUUCCCAGAAGGUACUUGUACUAAUCGGUCCUGUUUGAUUACUUUUAAACCAGGAGCCUUCAUUCCAGGAGUUCCAGUGCAGCCAAUUCUCCUCAGGUACCCAAACAAGCUGGAUACUGUGACUUGGACGUGGCAAGGAUAUACAUUCAUUCAACUUUGUGUGCUUACUUGGUGCCAGCCCUUUACAAGGGUGGAAGUUGAGUUUAUGCCUGUUCAAGUACCAAGUGAUGAAGAAAGAAGUGAUCCUGUCCUUUUUGCUGGUAGAAUCCGGAGUUUAAUGGCAGAAGCUCUGAAAAUUCCAGUAACAGAUCACACCUACGAAGACUGCAGAUUGAUGAUUUCAGCUGGCCAGUUGACACUGCCUAUGGAAGCUGGGUUGGUGGAAUUUACCAAAAUCAGCCGGAAAUUGAAAUUGGAUUGGGAUGGGAUUCGAAAGCAUUUGGAUGAGUAUGCCGCUAUUGCAAGUUCCUCAAAAGGAGGAAGAAUCGGAAUUGAAGAAUUUGCAGAGUAUUUGAAGUUGCCUGUUUCAGAUGUCUUGAGACAACUUUUUGCACUCUUUGACAGGAAUCACGAUGGCAGUAUUGACUUCCGAGAGUAUGUAAUUGGCCUGGCUGUCUUGUGCAACCCUGCCAACACAGAGGAGAUCAUCCAGGUGGCAUUUAAGCUCUUUGAUGUUGAUGAGGAUGGCUUCAUAACAGAGGAAGAGUUCUCCACCAUCCUGCAGGCUUCCCUUGGAGUGCCUGACCUUGAUGUUUCUGGUCUCUUCAAGGAAAUAGCCCAGGGGGAUUCUGUUUCCUAUGAGGAAUUUAAAAGUUUUGCCCUAAAGCAUCCAGAAUAUGCUAAGAUAUUUACAACCUACUUAGAUCUCCAGACGUGCCAUGUGUUUUCAUUACCGAAAGAAAUCCAAGCAACUCCCUCAGUUGCAAGUAAUAAAGUCAGCCCUGGAAGUCAUGAAGAAAGUACCUCAGAUAAAAAGGAAGACUGAACACAAAUAUUCCUCAUAAGGAAACCAUGGUGGCUUUUAUUUGAAAUUUCAAAGGCAUGUAUUGAUAGUAUUUUACUUGUGAUUGAGUAAGGAUGAUGUUUAAAAUAGAUAGCUUUUUUAUAAAAAUGAUAGAUUUUUCUUAUUGAAAGGCUUCUAUUCACAUGUAUUUAUCAAUAUUCCUUUUCUUUUAUACAAUGUUUUGCUAUACUGAUUGGCUUACUGGUGAUAAAGGUAUUUUUAUUGAUUUUCCAGGUUCAUUUGCAUAUCCAAAUAAAUGAAAUGACCUCCCUUGUUUACUGAGGAGCAUUAAUCAACACUCUAAAAAUGUUUUAAGUAUAAACACUUUUUCAUCUACCUUCCUCUAAAGAAAUAAGGUUGUAUUCUGUUAACUCUAAUUUCUUCCCAUUCUGGAAAUAAUGAAGAGCCUGAGGAAUGUUGCAUAAUUUUAUACCUUUAACUUCACAGAUUCAUCUUUUCCAUUUGUAUUUCAGUUUCUUGGAUCGCUGAAUGUGGGAGGAUUGGAAGGGAGAGCUCUGUUAAUUAGAUAAGACUCCUUAAAAACUCAUAUUCUCUUGAGCAUGUAUCUCUAUUGUUGAUUUCCUUAACCAUCUGCUGAGAAAAUCAUAUCCUUUUGUGAGAUCUACAGAUUUAGAACUUUGUUUUAAAGACAACAACUGUGGCCAAAGGCUAUGUGGGGAUUGCCUUAUUGAAGGUAACAUUAAUUGCAUAAUGAGAAAAUAAAUUGUUUGCCAGAGUUUAGUUUCAUUUGAGUUGGGUAGUUUAGAAUGUAGUGCUUACCCAGUAAAUGAAUCAGAUUUACUUUACUUACAUAAUAUUAGAAUUAAUAUAUUUUACCAUGUAAGUGGGAAUUUUAUUAAGUGUCCUCUCAAAUUUGAGAAAAUGAAAGUGAAAAGUGUUAGUCACUCAGCUGUGUCCAACCCUUGCGACCCCAUGGACUGCAGCCCACCAGGCUCCUCUGUCCAUGGAAUUCUCCAGGCAAGAAUACUGGAUUGGGUUGCCAUUCCCUUCUCCAGGGGAUAUACCUGACCCAAGGAUCAAACCUGCGUCUCCUGCAUUGCACGCAGAUUAUUUAACAUCUGAGAGCUUGCCUGAAAUAUCAACAGGAAAAAUAGGAAGGUUCCAAAGUAUCACCAAAAUCUAGGGAAUCCAAAAACCUACUUUAUUAAUGCAAGACCACAAUUUAAUCCCCAGGCAGGAAUUUAGCAAUGAUGUAUUUUUUUUCCUUUAGUUUAAGCAAUAAUUUCCCUCAAAUGCCAUUUUAUUAGAUGUCAUGCAUUCUUACUAAAAAGGUUCAUCCUAAAGUAUAUAUGUAUGAUUGUUUGCUUUUUACAUAUCUUAAGCUAUUUAGACAAAGCAUGGAAUGAGCUGAAAGCAAUUGCUUAAGUAAUUAGGAAAGUACAUCUUUAUAAUAUUGUUUAUCACAUGGAAUUGAUAUAUGUAUCCUGAUUUUUAUAAUGGAAAAGCACAUGUUAAUCCCAUUAAUCAUGAAAAAGUAGCAUUUUAAAUUACAGGUUUUCUAUGAGGCUCUUGAAAGUGAUCCCAUUGUUUUACUGUUUUAGAGUAAUAUUUAUGUUCUUUAAUUCUACUUCUACCAAUGUAAUAUUCCUCUUUUAUUAUGUUAUUGAACAAACUUGCUACAUAAAAUUCUUGGCAAUUAAAAAUUCUGGUUUUGCCA